UGCCACCUCCCCUCACGGCCAAGAUGGCGGCGCGGCGCGGCUCCUCCAAAGCCCGCGCUCCGAAUCGCCUCAGGGCUCCGAAUCGCGACCGGCCCCGGCCCCGGGCCCGCAAUCGCGACAGAGAGAACGCGGAGCCCCCCGGACGCGUGUACCUGCCCGGGGCGGGGCCGCCGCUGGGCCCCGAUGAGGAGCUGGUGAUGGAUGAGGAGGCGUACGUGAUGUAUCACCGCGCCGGCACCGGGUCGCCGUGCCUGAGCUUUGACGUGGUGCGGGACGGGCUGGGGGAGGGGCGGGAGGAGCUGCCGCUGUCGGUGCUGCUCUGUGCGGGAACGCAGGCCGAGACCCCCGGGGCCAACCGGGUGCUGCUGCUGCAGAUGCAGAACCUGCACGGGCUGCGGCGGGGGAGGGGAGGGGACAGCAGUGACAGCGACAGCGACAGCGAGCAGGAGGAGGAGGAGGGGCGGGAGCCGCAGCUGCUGCUCAUCAUGGCCCCCCAUUAUGGGGGGGUCAACAGGCUCAGGGUGACAUCUCUUGUUGGGGAGUCCCCAAUCGCGGCCGUGUGGUCGGAGCGGGGCCAGGUGGAGGUGCUGGAAUUGAGGGGGGCCCUGGGCGCCCUGGGGACAGAAUUUGGGGAGGGGGAUUUGGGCAGGAGGCCCAAGAGCGUCCAGCAGGGAGCUCUGCCCACCCUCGCCACCUUCAGCGGCCACCUGGACGAGGGAUUCGGGCUGGACUGGAGCCCCCUGAGCCCAGGCCGGCUGCUGUCCGGGGACGUCCGUGGCCGCAUCCAUCGCUGGGAGCCGCGCGAGGGCGGCUGGGCCGUGGAUCAGCGGCCGCUGCUCGGCCACGGCGGCAGCGUGGAGGACAUCCAGUGGUCACCCAGCGAGGCCUCGGUGUUCAUCUCGUGCUCCUCGGACGCCUCCAUCCGCGUGUGGGACGUGCGGGCGCCGCCGGGCCGGGCGUGCCAGCUGAGCGUGGCCUCGGCGCACGACGGCGACGUCAACGUGGUCACCUGGAGCAGGAGGGACCCGGCAGCGCUGCUCAGCGGCGGGGACGACGGCACGCUGCGGCUCUGGGACCUCAGGAGCAUCCGGAGCAGCCCCUCGAGCGUGGCCACCUUCAAGCAGCACCGGGGCCCCAUCACGUCGGUGCAGUGGCACCCGGGCGAGAGCGGCGUGCUGGCGGCCGCGGGCGAGGACGACCUGGUGACCCAGUGGGACCUGGGGGUGGAGAGAGACCCCCAGGAAACUGGGGAGGGGUCCGGGGAGGGGCUCUCGGAGCUGCCCCCGCAGCUGCUGUUCCUGCACCAGGGGGAGAGGGAGGUGAAGGAGCUGCACUGGCACCCGCAGUGCCCGGGGCUGCUGCUGUGCACGGGCAGGGAGGGCAUCGCUGCCUUCCGCACCAUCAGCGUGUGAGAAUAAAAAUUGGGGUAAAAACAUCCAAAUUUGGGGUCAGGAAUGUUCAAAUUGGGGUGGGAACAGCAGGAAUUGGGAUGGGAAUGGCACCCGCAGUGCCCGGGGCUGCUGUGGGGCAUUGCCACCUUCUGCACUAU